UUAGGAUUAUGGUUAAGUUGUAUUUCACCCAAGAGAUUCACAACGAACCGCUACGUGGGCUGCUUCCAGGCAUGAAGCAUCUGCUACGACAAGCUCGGGCGAAACUUUUCUCGCCUAACGGCGUGCGUUGUAUUGAUCUAUGAGAGCAGGCCAGAGAAGCUCGCGACACUCUCAUACUGGAGGGAGUCACAUCUCUUCCAAGCACGCACGUUGAGUCCACCAUGGGCACCUUGCCUUCCUAUACACCUGCACCGUAAAGGGGACACUGCUUUAGGGACAGAAAGCAGGACAUUCACACAAAAGGCAUGAAGCUGUUACUACUUGGUCCUCCGUGGAACUCGGGAUUUCUAAGUGUUUUUCUCAUUUGUUUGACAAUGUUCUGGCCGUCUCACGGCACCGGAGUCAUUAUUGAAGAAGAGACACGGAAAAUAAUAACUGAAGGAGAUGUAAUUUUUGGCGGGUUGUUCCCAAUGCAUGAGAAGGGGCAACAAGGGCAGAGUUGUGGUAGUCUCAAGAAAGAGAAGGGAAUCCAGAGGCUGGAAGCCAUGCUGUAUGCUAUAGACAGAAUAAAUAACGAUGAUGAACUUCUACCUGGUUUAGAUAUUGGUCUGCAUAUUCUCGACACGUGUAGUUUUGACACCUAUGCUUUGGAACAGUGUAUGGAUUUUAUAAAAGCGCAGUUAUCUACAAUAGACCAGGAGGAUUAUAAGUGUGCCGACGGAAGGUCCCCCAAAAUUCGCCCUUUGCAUCCAGUUGCAGGUGUAAUCGGCGCCGCCUCGAGUCCUGUGUCCAUCAUGGUUGCAAAUAUACUACGACUUUUUAAGAUCCCACAGAUCAGCUACGCGUCCAGCAGUGUGGACCUCAGCGAUAAGACAAGAUUCGAGUACUUCUCCAGAGUCGUCGCCCCUGACACAUACCAGGCCCAAGCAAUGGUGGACAUAGCGAAGGCAUUCGGCUGGAACUACGUGAACACCUUGGCUGACGACGGCACCUACGGGGAAAAGGGAAUCGGAGCGUUCGAGAACAAAGCAAAAAAAUCAGGCGUGUGUGUGUCCAAGUCCCUGCGCAUCCCUCGGUCCGUCAACGAGACGACGUUCAGGAACAUCGUGGAGGAAUUGUUCAAGGACGACAACAACGCUCGGGCAGUCGUCAUGUUCGUCAACGAGGACAACUGUCGGGACAUCCUGAAGGCGUUGGUGAAGCUGAACAGGACGUCCCACCUCAACCUGCUGGCCAGCGAUAGUUGGGGUGCCAAGAUCCACCCGGUGUUCUCGCAGGAGGUGGCAGCGGAGGGCACCGUCACAAUCCUCCCCAAGCGCCAGAUAAUUCCUGAGUUCGAUGAAUACUUCCUGAACUUGAAACCAGAGAACAACACACGGAACCUGUGGUUUGAAGACUACUGGGAGGAGGUGUUUGACUGCAGCUUAAAACCCUCGGCGCUCAACAGGUGUGACGGUACCGAGAGUCUGAAAGAUGGCCGCCUGGUCUACAUCCAAGAGGGAUUGGUUCAGUUUGUGAUCGACUCCGUCUACGCCCUGGCCCACGCCGUGCAGGACAUGCUACGGAGCAGGUGCUACCACCGGAACCUCAAGCUGUGUAAACACAUCAACAAGCUGGCAGGCCAGGAACUCCUCUGGUUCAUCAGGAAUGUGUCUUUUACUGGUAUCGGCGGGAGUCGUGUAACGUUCGACAGCUUUGGGGACGGCGUUGGACGAUACGACAUCUACCAGUAUCAGAAGAUGUCAAGCAACGACUAUGACUACGUUCAAAUAGGAGAGUGGGAUACAAGUCUGAAGAUUAACAAGAGCGCACUGCUUUGGAGAUUCAAAUCUCGUGAAAUCCCGGUGUCCAUCUGUAGCGAGCCAUGCGAACAAGGGGAGGCAACAAAGACUAGCGGACCGUGCUGCUGGGUCUGCAUCGCCUGCAACGACAACGAAUACCUGAAAGACGAGAGCACAUGCGAGUCAUGCCCCGAAGGCUCACGACCGAACCCAAAUAAAACUGAAUGCGCACGCUUACCGGAACUACACCUUGACCCCGCAAGUCUGUGGUUCAUACUUCCUGUUGUGUUUUCCUGUUUGGGGAUUCUCUGCACGUUUGGUGUGAUGAUAAUAUUCGUCAUUUUCAACACAACGCCUAUCAUCAUGGCGUCGGGCAGGGAGCUAUGCUAUCUCCUUCUGCUGGGGAUAAUUAUGUCCUAUGGAACAUCACUCGUCAUGCUAGCAAAGCCCACUCUUGUCCUCUGCGCGUUACGGAGACUUGGGCUAGGAGUCUCUCUGAGUUUCAUAUACGCUGCACUUGUAACAAAGACCAACCGAAUAUAUCGUAUCUUCAGCACAGGUAUCAAGGCCAUGGUGAAACGACCCAGCUAUACGAGUCCCAAGUCACAGAUACUGAUAUGCAUCUGUCUAGUGUCAGUUCAGGUGAUCGGAGGACUGACAUGGCUUGGCUUUGAGAAGCCAUCAGUAUCCAAAAUAACUUACCAGAAAGACUUCCUCAUUCUGAAGUGUAGUGCUAGUCAGAUAGCAACUAUCAUCUCUUUGUUUUACAACAUUUUUCUUAUUGUGCUUUGUACUGUGUAUGCUUUUAAAACAAGAAAGAUUCCACAGAACUUCAACGAAGCCAAGUACAUAGCCUUCACCAUGUACAGUACUUGCAUUGUGUGGCUGGCCUUUAUUCCUAUAUACUUUGGAGCCAAUCACGAUUUUAAAAUCGAGGUGACAUCGCUGUGUAUGGGUGUCAGCAUCAGUGCAACUGUAGCCCUAUUCUGCCUGUUCGCUCCCAAGGUGUACGUCGUCUUGUGCCAGCCUCACAAAAACGUUCGCCAAGCCACAUCUACUUCCAUUCAAAGUGCUGCAAAUAAUAAAACCAACAGGGCGUUCUAUGGUGGCCCCACGCCAGUCACUGCCAGCACUGCCCAGAACGGCAGUAUCCAUAAGGACAUUCAACAUGUGGAGAACAAUGUGUUUUCAGACAGCCUAGAGGAGACAUCGUCUUGUGACGAGGGUGUGGCCAUGCAGGCGCCAUCUAGCGGUGCUUCGUGAACCGGGAUGGUCAUCAGAGUGUGUUGAAGGAAUGCAUUGUGUGUGAAGGAGACGUGUGCGUCGGAAAAGUGCUGACUAGAUAUAUUUUAUUGUCUUUGAAUUUGAAUUUUUUAUAUCUACACAUGCUCAUUAUAACAGUGCCAUAAUUGUUUCAAAGAUCUCGUGUACCAUGUAUUAUUCCACAAAGAGGACGAAACCAUAUUUCGUGUUGGCGUGAUGAUGUUUAUAAUGUCAUGUACCAUGCCACGCCAUAUCUAAUUAAGUACGAACUGGUUCUUACCCUUCGCGAACUGUGUACAGACUGUACCUUGACCAACAACGACGAGGAGAGGAUGCAGAGGGGGAUGCAAAGGAUAUAUUGUUACUGUUGUGUAUCCUAUUUCAUUUCAAAUGAUUGUAAAUCCUGUUCAUGAACAUGAUAUCUAAAAUAUGACCCCUUCCUUUUCAAAUAGGGAUUACUGCUGUACAUACGUGAUUUAACUGAGUUUCCUAAUUUGAAAAGGCGUUUUGGUAUCAUGUCUAUGAAUAUGAUUGACAUGUCAUUUGGAUAGUACAUUCAUAUCAUGCAGCAUUGUACAUAUCCAUUUUUUAAAACCCCUUUUCAACAGGUUCCCUGUAAAGAAAGCUUAAUUUGAAUGAAAUAUAUUCUUCCGUGUAUCAAGUUAGAGAUAUUUCACGUUAUACGUGGCGUUGCAUUUCAUUACAUGUUUGUGCUGUUUUGUUUUGUAUUGAUUUCACAAAAUUUAUGUUUUCGUGUUAUUCGUUGCUAAGCAGCACUUCUACAAUUUCUGCUUCGCUCAACGAACAGGGCGGUGAAGGGGAGGGCGCCCGAAUGAUCGCAAUAAACAGU